AGCCACCUUCCCUUUGGUGGUGAUGGGAUUUGGAGUUCCCAGUGUCUUUGGCUUUGGCCUGGGGUGGGGGUGGAGUCCACGAAGCCUGUAUGGAAUUAGCUUUAGGACAUCCUUUUCCCCCUAGCACCCCCACACCAUUCCAAGGAUACCCGACCGAAUAGCACUGGGAAGGUAGACCAGGGUGACAGAGAAUGGCGGCCGGAUGAUGCCCGUGGCAGGAAGAAACGGAGGCGCCCCCACCGAUGACGUCAGCGAUCCUCCCGCGAGCACUCGCGCGGGCGACUGUCCCGGGUUCCUCGGAGGCGGAGCCUCGGGCGCCCCAUGGCUGCUUACCGGUCUCAGCAGCUUGGCUCCGUUCAUUUUCCUCAGGAGGAAGCCUGGCUUGAGACUGCCCAGACCUUCAUCCAAGAGACCCUGUGUCCACCUGGCAAGGAGCCUAAUGUCCAGUUGACUCAAUUAGUAAUUGACUGUGUGAAGACUGUCUGGUUGUCCCAGGGAAAUAAGCAAGGUUUUGCAUUGCCCCUUAGCUACAGCUUUGUCUCAGUUCAGGACCUGAAGACCCAUCAGCACCUCCCGUGCUAUAGCCACCUGUCCUGGAGCAGCAGUACAUACAAAACAUGGGCCCAAGAAGCUGUACCAAGUGGAACCCCCCUGCCUCAAGAACGACUGUUACUUUUAGGAACGCUAACAGACCGACCAGGGGAUUUGGGAAAAGAGUACAAAAAUGGAGGACUCUAUGUGAGAGAUAACACGGGUAUCCUGGGCUGUGAGCUCAUAGACCUGGAUCUUUCUUGGCUGGGCCAUCUUUUUCUGUUCCCCGUUUGGAGUUACCUCCCUCCUGCCAAGUGGAAUUCUUCAGGGGAAGGGCAUUUGGAGCUCUGGGGUGCUCCUGUGCCAGUGUUUCCCUUGACCAUCAAUCCUGCCUCUCCUUCCCCUCUCCCAGUUAUCUACCCAGAGAAUGCUUCUCACCUGCUCAGGCACAGAAGCAAGCUCAAAGUUGUGCAGCCAAACUUGGCUGGGACACUGGUUCGAUUGAGUGCUCUUGUGAAAAGUAAAAAGAAAACUUACUUCGUCCUAUCUCUUGGUGCAUCAUCCCAAGCUGGCAGCCAUGUGUCUAUCAUUGUGCAGGUCCCUGCCCAGCUGGUGUGGCACCGAGCCCUUAGGCCUGGUAGGGCCUAUGUGCUGACAGCGCUACGAGUAGCCAAGAUCUGUGGUCACCGUUGCCACGUUUGGAUGACCAGUUCCACCUCUCGUCUGUUGCAACUGAAACCAGAGUGUGUGUAUGAGCUGGACCUAGAGCUGGAUGAACCCCUCUUGGAGGCUAAUUCCAAGCCACUUCCUAUGCCAGACAACUCCCAAAACAGGAAGGGACAAAAAGGCCUCACGCGCGAUUCCAUACUCUUAUCAUAUACGGGGAUGGUAACUGGUGUGCUGAAUGAGCCUGCUGGCUACUAUGAGCUGGACACACAGCUGGGUCUCUGUCUGGCCUACCAGCAGCAAUUCCCUGACCUCAGGCGGGUGGUGCGACCAGGAGUCCGUCUUGAGCUCCAGGAUGUUCACCUCCUACAGUCACUUGGUGGAGGGAUAACAAGGCCAGUGCUAGCCCCCUGUUUCCGUGGUGCUGUGCUGCUUCGGGCCUUCUCACACCAGAAGCCUGAGACUCAGUCUUGCCACCAAGGCCACGGGGCCUCCCUGUAUAAGCAGCUGUCAUGGGAACAUCAGUUAGGACUUCCCCUCUACCUGUGGGCCACCAAGGCCCUGGAGGAGCUAACUUGCAAACUGUGCCCUCAUGUGCUGAGACACCGACAAUUCCUGGCCCAUUCCUUGCCUGGAAACCCCAAUCUGGCACUGCAGCUCCUGGCUCCUAUCCUGGAUGGUCUAGCUCCCUCCUGCAGUCCCAGUCGGAGUGCACACAACGAAAUCCUUGAAGAGCCACAUCACUGUCCACUCCAGAAGUAUGCUCCACUGCAGAGUCCCUGUUCUUUCCCCACCCUGGCCACCGUGAAAGAGGAAGGGCAGUGCAGGGCCCAGGACACCUUUGACCCUAAGACCCUUCUGCCCCUGCCAGAGGCUUAUCACCUGACUAGUUGCCAGCUAAAUCAGCGUCUGACCUGGUCCUGGCUCCGACUACUGCCCUGUGACUUUCAGCCAACCCGGGUCUUACUUGGGGUUCUAGUGGCUUCAUCUCGUAAAGGUUGUCUGCAACUUCGAGACCAAAGUGGUUCCCUCCCCUGCCUACUCCUGGCCAAGCACUCGCAACCCCUCUGUGAUCCCCGGCUCAUAGGCUGCCUGGUGCGGGUAGAAAAGUUCCAAUUGGUCAUAGAGAGGAAUGUGAGAUGCAACUUCCCUUCCUGGAAGGAGCUGAGCAUGACAGGCUUCAUCCAGGAGCAGAAGGCCAGAGUCUACGUACAGUUCUUUCUGGCUGAUGCCUUGAUCCUGCCUGUGCCCAGACUUUUCCUUCACUCAGCUACCUCUUCAACGCCUCCUCAGACAGAGCCCACUCUCCAGGAUUCCCACAUAGGACAGAGUCGUCUAUUCUUGCUCUCCCACAAGGAGGCUCUGAUGAAGAGGAACAUGUGUGUCCCCCCUGGAUCCAGUCCAGAGGUGCCCAAACCCACUCUCAGUUUCCAUGUAUCAGGGAGCUGGCUUGGGGGCACCCAGAGGAAGGAAAGUACUGGAUGGGGCCCACCUGAGCCCAAAGGAGAUGAUAACAAAGAUCAAAAGGUUCUUCUUCUUUUCCUUGGCUCCUCGGUCCGCUGGUUUGAGUUCUUGCAUCCAGGGCAAGUAUACCGGCUUGUGGCUCCUGGCCCUCCUACACCACAGUUGUUUGAGAAGGACAGGUCAUCUCACAUAUCACAGCGUCCUCUGGACUUGGCUGGCUGUGCGCAUUGUCUCACUAUCCAGAAUGAGUGGACCUUUGAACUUGAGAGCUCCCAGGACAUCCCAGCUGUACCUGGUGUCAACAAGGCAUUGCCUGAAUCCUCGCUGACCGACCUGCUCAGUGGCAAUGUCACUGAUUCCUUGGUGUCUUUGUCAGCUGAAAUUUUGUCACGAACACUGUGUGCGCCAUCUCUCUGGAUGCAGUCUGGGAGCACUGUGGCCAUCAGAAGGUGUAUGAAGCUAACUGUUGCUCUGGAAACUGCUGAAUGUAAUUUCCCCCCUUACUUGGACAUAUAUGUUGAAGACCCACACUUAUCUUCCUUACUAGGACUCCUCCCAGGAGCCCGAGUCUACUUCAGCCAACUAGAAAAAAGGGUUUCCAGGUCCCAAAAUAUUUACUAUUGUUUCCGGUCAUCCUCUUAUGUGCAAGUCCUGAGUUUUCCCCCAGAAACCACAGUCAGUGCUCCGCUGCCCCACGUUUACCUGGCUGAACUUCUACAGGGUGACCGAGCCCCAUUCCGGGCCACCGCAUCUUGCCAUAUUGUUUCUGUCUUUAGCCUUCAGCUCCUCUGGGUGUGUGCUCAUUGUACCAGCCUCUGCCCCCAGGGAAGGUGUACUCGUCAGAGCCCUAUUUGCCCCACUCAGGCAUCUAUAAGCCAGGCCAGCAUCAGACUCCUGGUAGAGGAUGGGACUGCUGAAGCUGCAGUGACCUGUAGGAAUCAUCAUGUGGCAGCAGCACUUGGUCUGUGUCCUAGUGAGUGGACCGCCCUCCUAGAGUUUGUCCGAGGGCCUGGGAGAGUGGCUUUGCAAUUUACAGGGCCUGGAGCCCAACUUAAGUCCACAGCCAGGAUUGAUGAAUCCUUGACCUUUUUGCUCCAGACACUUUGUACUAGCUCCUCUGUUCUUCGCCCUAUUGUACUUUCUUUUGAGCUUGAGAAGAAACCCUCCAACAUCAUACCUCUAGAACCUCCUCGGCUGCAACGAUUCCAGUGUGGGGAGCUCCCUUUGCUGACACGUGUGAAUCCCAGGAUCCGACUGUCAUGCCUCUCUAUCGAGGAGCCCAAGCACUCCCACUCCCUGAGGGCCUUUGAUUCCUCCUCCUAACCUGAACUGCAACAUUGGCCUGAAAGUUUUUCCUGCCCUGCUGGAAACUUUGAGGCCUUGGCCCCCUUGUCAUGACCUUUACCUUCUCUGUGAUUGAACCAAGACCCCAGAUCCCUGGAUUCCCAAACUGCUACUCCUUCAUAUUCUAGUGCCAACCUCCCUUGGGGAAAUUGUGGGAACAGGCAAAUCAUGGGUGUGUUGCUAUUUCGUCUCUGGCUGUCAUUGACAGAUAGCCUGGAGCACCUGGCUUCUGCCUUUGUGGCAGGGGCAGAAAGAAUGAAAGACUUACCCCCUGUGGGGGUGUUUGUGAGAGACUCCUUGACCUGAAAUAAAGCUUGGGUGAUAUUUCUCACUUGUGCUCAUCUCUAGGGUCCCAGGCCUCCUAACUAUCUGACUGUCAGUGGUCAUUUUGUUCCUUGUUUGCUGCCAGUACCAAAACUAAUUUGGAGCAGAGCUUCUGGUCCAGCAGAGGAAAUGAUACUAAUGUCAGACCCUAAAAGGAGUAAAUUGGGGAGGGGGAGACUAGGAAAGGUAACAUUAUUAUGACAGUCUCAGUCAACAAAGUUGAACCCAAGAAGUCAAGUGUGUAAGCAUAGAGUUGUUGGGAAGUCAGAAUGUAUCCAUUAUGAGGCGCUGGAGAAAGCUGGAGUUGGUGGACACUGGAAACACAAGCAAGGAGGGUCAGUGCUCUAGGUUUCCCAAGGGCUACACCAAAGGCAGGUCCUUGAUGUUUGCAGGGUCGCCACCUAAGUGAUGGGAUUUGGAAGUUGGCUUAGGCCUGGAUUGUGGAUAUAAAUAAAAUGAAGAUAAAAGUACGACUGAAGUCUGCGGGGCACUCACGUGUGAGCAGCACUGGACUCCCACCACCUCCAGGGCGCUCCGCCCACCACCCCGAAGACCGCGUGGUUGAACCCAGUCCACAGGUGGUUCCGACAAGGUGAGGGAAGGUAUUUCCGAGUCACUGGAAGAGCUGGGAUUAAGUCUAAAAUCCGCCUGGAAGGCCAGGGCUGCAGCAACACCACUUGGUCAUUCCCAGAAAUGCCCCCAAUCGCUUCUCUGUUGAGUGUGCUUAAUGUGCCGAGGUUAAAGAGUCAAAGUUAAGGCAAAUGCUCUUAAGAGCAAUUCAUCCAGAGGAGGAUUUUUUUUAAUCCUACGUGCGCGCGCAUCUGGCCCACUCGCGAUUUGGAGAAGCCUAAAGAGAAAGCUCCGCCCCUAGUUGCUGACGAUAAGUCUGUUCACCAGAUCUGUCAAGCCGCGAACUCGGGGAGGCCUCGUGGCGCAACGGUAGCGCGUCUGACUCCAGAUCAGAAGGUUGCGUGUUCAAAUCACGUCGGGGUCAAGUGGUAGUUUUGCUGUCUGGAUAGAUGAUACUGACCAUUUUCAGGAAAAAAAAUCUCUUCUUAGUGUAUUAGAAAAAUAUGA